ACGCACCUGGGCCGCCGCCGCCCCUUCUGGCCCCUCCUCCGGCCUCCCGGGAGAGAAAAGUCUGGGCUGGGGCGCGGCCCAGCCUCGGACCCCACCCGCCCCGACCCGGUCCCCGCCUGCCGUCCCCAGCCGUGUGCCCGGAGCAGCGACCCGCGCUCCGCUCCGCCGCCCCGGCCCAGGCCGCCAUGUCUCUGGGGAAAAGAAUCAUCUACAAGAGUGUGUGCCUGGCCCUGGCCCUGCUGGUAGCUGUCGCAGUAUUCCAGCGCAGUCUCACCCACCGCCAGUUUCUGCAAGAGCCCCCGCCACCCACCCUAGGGCCACAGAAGGCCCAGAAACCGAGUGGACUCCUGGUGAACCCCCAUGACUUCUGGAAGAGAUCAAAGCAUUCGGUCACCCCCAUGCCCGUGGCCUCACGGGGGCCUCAGGCCUGGGACGUGACCACCACUAACUGCUCAGCCAAUACCAACGUGACCCACCAGUCCUGGUAUCAGGGCCUGGAGCCCCACUUCCAGCAGUUUCUGCUCUAUCGCCAUUGCCGAUACUUCCCGAUGCUGCUGAACCACCCGGAGAAGUGCAGCAGCGAUGUCUACCUGCUGGUGGUGGUCAAGUCGGUCAUCACACAGCACGACCGCCGGGAGGCCAUCCGCCAGACCUGGGGCCUCGAGCAGGAGUCGGUGGGCAGGGGCCAGGGCGCCAGGCGCACCCUCUUCCUGCUGGGCACAGCCGCCAAGCAGGAGGAGCGCGCCCACUACCAGCAGCUGCUGGCCUACGAGGACCGCCUCUACGGCGACAUCCUGCAGUGGGACUUUCUUGACAGCUUCUUCAACCUGACCCUCAAGGAGAUCCACUUCCUCAAGUGGUUUGACAUCUACUGCCCCAACGUCCGCUUCAUCUUCAAGGGUGAUGACGACGUCUUCGUCAACCCCACCAACUUGCUGGAAUUUCUGGCUGACCGGCGGCCACAGGAAGACCUGUUUGUGGGCGAUGUCCUGCAGCACGCUCGGCCCAUCCGAAAGAAGGAAAACAAGUACUACAUCCCUGGGGCUCUGUACAGCAAGGCCAGCUACCCACCCUAUGCCGGCGGAGGCGGCUUCCUGAUGGCUGGCGGCCUGGCCCGGCGCCUGCACCACGCCUGCGACGCCGUGGAGCUUUACCCCAUCGACGACGUCUUCCUGGGCAUGUGCCUGGAGGUGCUGGGCGUGCGUCCAGUGGCCCACGAGGGCUUCAAGACUUUCGGCAUCUCGAGGAACCGCAACAGCCGCAUGAACAAGGAGCCAUGCUUUUUCCGCUCCAUGCUGGUUGUGCACAAGCUGCUGCCCACUGAGCUGCUGGCCAUGUGGGGGCUGGUGCACAGCAACCUCACCUGCUCCCGCAAGCUCCAGGUGCUCUGACCCCGGCGGGCCACCCGGACAGCCAGGGCACU